AUGGCGGAGAAGAACGGGGGGCGCCCCUGCGGCGUUGGUGCGGCGGCGGCGGUGGGGGUGAGCGUGAGGUACUGGGAGUGCAUGAAGAACCACGCCGCCGGUCUGGGGGCGCAGGCCUUCGACGGCUGCGGGGAGUUCAUGCCCGGUGGAGAACAGGGAACGCUGGAAGCUCUCAAGUGCGCCGCCUGCGGGUGCCACCGCAACUUUCACCGCAAGGAAGAGGUCGGGGGCUCCGUUGACUACGUCCCCUACGACCACGUCCACCCGGUUCAUCACCCAGUUCUGCUCUAUAAUGCCGCUGAGAACUCCUCCUCCAAGGUACCCUCCUUCUUCCGCCACGGUCUUCCGCCGAUGCUCGCCCUCCCUGGACACGCCUACCGCCCACUGGGACUACCUCCGUCGCUGGAGCGGAGUACGGGAUCGGAGACCCCGCCGCCGCCGCCGCAGAUGCAGCCGCCGCAGCCCUUCUCUUACUCGGCGCCGGCGACGGACAUGUCCUUCGGGAGAGAGAGGGACCGAACCAGGAAGAGGUUUCGGACCAAGUUCACGCCGGAGCAGAAGGAGGAGAUGCAAAAGUUUGCGGAGAAGGUGGGGUGGAGGAUUCAGAGGCACGAUAAUGACGAGCUCCAGGAGUUCUGCUCUAAAGUCGGCGUCAAGCGACAGGUGCUCAAGGUGUGGAUGCACAACAACAAGAGCGCCCUCUCUGGAGGAGGUGGAGGAGGCGGCGGUAGCGACGGGCCCUCGAAGACUGACCCCUCCCCUGCGAUCCCAGUCUGA